ACUGGAGCAAUGCCUGGACUAGCCCUGCUGCUACUGCUUUUACUGAUCAGCUUCCUCGCCUUUGACCUGCUCCACAGGUGCACCAGCCGUGAUGCAGCAGCCUCAAAUGGAGAUGGAUGCCAGUGGGGCUGGUGAGGGGCCACAGCAGGCAGUGCCCUGGUCAGCCUGGCUCACCCGGCAGGACUGGAUGCGCUGGUGUGCUCGCCGUGUGCCCCAGAGCUGGGCCCAGUGGUGGGCCACAACUGCCUGGAGGCAGCCACUGCAGCGGGUGCUUUGGAGCCUGGAGGGGUUUCUCUACCUGCUGCUGGCCCUGAUGCUGUGCCACGCACUCUUCACCACCGGCUCCCACCUGCUGAGCUCCCUGUGGCCCGUGGUGGCUGCAGUGUGGCACCAUCUGCUGCCAGCUAUCCUGUUAUUGGUGCUCAGUGCCCUACCUGCCCUACUCUUCACUGCCUCCUUCCUGCUGCUCUUCUCCACACUGCUGAGCCUCGUGGGCCUCCUCACCUCCAUGAAUCACCCAGGCUACGCUCAGGACUUGAACGAAUAGAAGCAACCCCAUUCCACUGCCUGUGUCUGUUGAGCCCUGGACCAGAGCCUGAGCCUAAGGGAAAAGGGGGGGCAGUGGGGCCCCAUCCCAAGAUGAGGUCUGUGUGGUUGCUGGAGCCAGCAGGGAGAGUGGUCUGGCCUUGUCUUAGGACCCUUUCUCAAGCUGAUGCUGAAGUUAACGGGUGUGAGGAACCAAUAUAGAGGUAGGACAGAUGGCUUAGCCAGGAGCAGAGCUUGGCCAAGUCCCUGAGAGUGCCUGUGUGGAUGUGGGGACACCCACAGGGGCUCCAGUGGCAGCUGGCAGCGUCUUUUUGUGACAGCCACCCAGCAGUCUCAGCUUCAGACUCACUGGUACUCCUGGACUUGUCCCUUGUCCAUCCAAUCCCCUUUCCACUCCCAGGAGGACCACAGGCUCUAGAAAGGGUCCCAGGGACAGAAACCUAGCCAGGUAAGCACUGUCAAAAGCCCUGGAAACAAUACCUCACUUACAUCCUGACCUAUCUACUAGGACAUCUCUUCUCCCUAUAUGUCCUACCUCUUGAUUCAGUCCACAACUCCAAGUCUGGGAAAGAGAACAACCAAGGGCAGUGAGUUUCACUUUUUGUGGGGGUGAGGGGGGAGCCCAAAGCCUGGCCCAUGCACAGUAUACUCUACCAUUAAGCUAUACCCUCAGCCCCUAACUACUCAAUCCCCAUGUCUUUUAUGGAAAAACUUACAAGCCCCAUUUCAGCUACCUAUAUAAUGUAUGGCCUUGGCCAGUAAUUCAUUCUUUUAAGUCUCAGUGUUGAGCGGGUCCCUACAAUGCCACAGGAUUACUGGGAAUCAAAGGCAAAACCCAUUUGCAAAGUACUUUGUAAAUGCCAAAAAGACUGUUAAAAUGUUGUUUGGAACUCUAAGAAUAUUCUCUAAGCUUAAAAAUCUUUUGACCCAG